AUGAUCGCGGUCGCGGUUGUAACGGCUUUGCUGCUGCCUUUGGGCUGCACGGCUUCGCUCGCUUCACGGGAUCCGACAGACGUGUGCAAACAGAUAGCUGGCGCCAUCUCGGACGUUUCCGAUGUAUAUUAUCCGCUGUCAAUACAGUAUGCUCAGGACAACAAACACUGGAUGGGCUCGAGCUCUCAGACAUCAGCGUGCUCCGUUGAACCCGGUACCGCCGAAGAUGUCGGGAAGAUCCUGGAAAUAGUCGGGUCGACUAAUACCUCCUUUGCGGUCAAAGGCGGAGGACACGCCUCGAACGUCGGGUUCUCUUCCACAACCGGAGUGAUGAUCUCGAUGACUCGCUUCAGCAACGUCACCCUGAGCGAGGAUAAGAGUACCGUUGACGUCGGCGCGGGCCUCGUCUGGGAUGAUGUCUACGAUGCGCUUGAUGGCACGGGCGUGAACGUGGUCGGGGGUCGUGUGGCAGGUGUUGGAGUCGCAGGCUUUGCAUUAGGAGGAGGCUAUUCUUGGAAGACUAGUCAGUACGGACUGACUUCCGACAACAUAGCUGCUUUUGAGCUCGUACUUCCAAACGGGACCGUGAGGACUGUGACUGCCGACGAUGACGACCUCUACUUUGCGCUGCGAGGAGGAUUCAAUAACUUCGGCAUAGUCACGAACUUCAAGCUCAAUACACACGCGCAACCUGAUACCAUCUGGGGAGGGACUCUUGUCUUCACAGGCGACCAGCUGCCCGCGGUCUCCCUAGCCAUCGCCAACUUCUCGGCCAACAACACAGACAGGAGGGCCAUGGCUCUCCCUACGUACAACUCAGCCAUAGGCAUUCCAGGUGGCUCCGUAAUCGUCUUCUAUGACGGGCCAUCGCCUCCGGAUGGUAUCUUCGAUGCACUACUCGCGAUCCCGGCCUUGUCAUCCGGAGUGCAAACUCAUACAUUCAGCGAGUUUGUCUCCUCGUUCCCCGCUGAACUUGCGGCACCUACAAGGGGGGCGUUCAUGUCCUGUUCUGUCUUGGACUUCACCCCUGCGAUAUUAGAUAGGAUCACUAACCUGACUCUGGAGUACGGUACAAAGCUAUUACUCCUGGACUCGGCGUACUUCCUGUCCUUCGACAUUGAGCCCUUUGACCACGAUCUUCUCACGCACGGAUCGGCGUCUGCCUGGCCACCCGACCGUUCGCGAGGCUAUCUUCCCUUGAACCUCUACUUCGCAUGGACACUGCCUAGUGCAGAUGAAGCCAUUUGGCAAGCUAUGAAGGACGUCGUAGCAAACGUCACCGCGCUAGCUGUUGAAGAGGGUCAGAACGUCGAUGGUGUGGCACUUUACGCGAACUACGCGCUCGCGGACACGACCCUCGAGGCGAUCUAUGGGGAGAAUGUUGAACGCUUGAAGGCCAUUCACGCUGAUGUCGACCCAGAGAACGUGAUGGGGCUGUCUGGAGGGUUCAAGUUCUGA